UAUAGUGGAGCAGAUCCAGCGAUACAUCCAUGAGAGCCAGCGGCUGUCCUCCUAUUGCCUCCUCUGUCACAGGACAACAUCCUUUCAUAGCUUCAACCGACAGCAGUCCCAUCCACGUUGUUGGGGGAUAGCCGAUAGCCUACGGCUCGUUGGACAGCGGUCCAGUGUCAGUCACACAGCGAGAUGCCAAGAAAGGCGCGCUUCAACUAACGUUACACAGCUCUUCGUGGCUUUUGCACUGUUUCUUUUUGAGAAACAUCACUGUGGUAUUGUCAAUCCUAUUCAUCAACGUUAGCCAGCUGGCAAGGUGUGAAAAGUUAGUGUCAUGACUGGAGCUGAGACUGAGGAUGAUAUUCCAUUAGGUGAAAGGAAGACUGUCACAGAUUUCUGCUAUCUCCUGGACAAGUCCAAACAACUCUUCAAUGGGCUAAGAGACCUUCCUCAGUAUGGACACAAGCAGUGGCAGUCCUACUUUGGACGGACUUUUGAUGUCUACACUAAGCUGUGGAAAUUUCAGCAGCAGCACAGGCAGGUUCUGGACAGUCGAUAUGGCUUGAAGAGAUGGCAGAUUGGGGAAGUUGCAUCCAAAAUUGGACAGCUUUACUACCACUACUACCUUCGUACCUCAGAAACAAGUUACCUGAAUGAGGCCUUUUCAUUCUACUCAGCCAUUCGUCAGCGCUCCUACUACUAUCAGGUCAACAAAGAAGACAGGCCAGAAUUAGUAGUGAAGAAGCUUCGAUAUUAUGCUCGCUACAUAGUCGUCUGUUUACUGCUGAACAAGAUGGACCUAGUCAAAGUAUUGGUGAAGGAGUUAUCUGAGGAAAUCGAAGAUUACACACAGCGAUUCAACACAGAGGACCAAUUGGAAUGGAACCUGGUUCUACAGGAAGUGGCAGCUUUUGUAGAGGCAGAUCCAGUGGUAGUUCUGAAUGACAACACUUCUGUCGUAGUCACCAGCAAUCGGCUGCAGGAGGGAAAUGUGCCUCCACUGGAACAAGGCAUGGUGGUUGGGCAGCUCGUCCUUGCAGAUGCACUAAUCAUCGGCAACUGUAACAACCAGGUGAAGUUCAGCGAAUUAACCAUUGAUAUGUUCCGCAUGCUUCAAGCUUUGGAAAGGGAACCUGUAAACCUGGCGACACAGACCCCAAAACAAGGAAGUCUGGAGCCCAAUGAGAAGCCAGCUAAAAGAGAAAACCCUCACAAGUAUUUGUUGUACAAACCAACAUUCAGCCAGCUUUUUACUUUCUUGUCGGCCUCGUUUAAGGAAUUGCCUGCCAACAGCGUUCUGCUUGUCUACCUGUCAGCUACUGGAGUCUUCCCUACUGGGAAUUCAGAUUAUGAAGGACCAUAUGAUUUUGGAGGAGUUCUAACAAAUACAAAUCGAGAUGUGGUGAAUGGAGAGACGGUGCAGAAGAGGAAUCAGGGCCAGAAAGAAAUGCACUGCCUUCAUCCAGGGGACUUAUUCCCUUUCACCCGGAAGCCUCUUUUUGUCAUUGUGGAUUCUUCUAACAGCACAGCCUAUAAGCAUUUCACAAAUCUGUUUGGCCAGCCUCUGGUGUGCCUACUAUCACCUACAGUAUAUCCCAAGAGUGUGCAAGAUCAGUCUCAGCGUGGGAGUCUUUUCACUCUGUUCCUCUACAGCCCACUCUUGGCUUUCUCUUCUGUGUGCGGCUUAAACAGCGUCCAACGAGGCCUGUGGGAAAGGGCUCAAGAAUUUCUUCGUAAAGUCUACCGUGACAUUGGGCAGAUGAUAACUCGAUCACGGACCAUAGAUCAAGCUUUUUUGCAAUUCUUUGGUGAUGAGUUCCUUCGGCUGCUGCUGAUCCGCUUUGUGUUCUGCUCAGCUGCAUUGAGACUGCAUAAACUCUUCCGGGAGUCCCAGAGCUUCCCGGAGUCCUACCCUGAGCUCCCUAAACAGGAUACAGUGGAGAGCAGCCUUCUACAGAAGCAUAUUUUGGAGCUGGCGACCAUGCUGGAUGUACAGAGCCUAUUUUGGGAUGAUCCACUGGAAGUCUACUAACAUCUUUGCACAGGGCAAAAUGGCAUACGUGUACAUACAGACUAAACUGCCAAAGCCCUCACAGUUUUUCUUUUUACAGGUAAUGAAAUACUGGUUCAGCACAUAUAAUUUCAUGUACUGCAUUUAACUGUUACCUGUGAAGGCAAAUGUAGUGCAACGUUAAAAUGUUCACAUAGAUAAGCCACAGUUGAAUAUAGUAUAAAUUCCCCAUUUCGAGUCUAAACGUCUGUCCUCAUAAAUAUAAGCAGCAUGUAGGACAUAGGAGUCAAAAAACUUACCAUUCCCCAUUUAAAUGUAAGUUUAAAAAUGGCAGCCUCUGACUAUAUUCUUCAUGUCAGAAAACUGUUGGCAAUCUUUUUUUUUAAAUAUUUAUCAUUGUUUAUUGAAGUAAAGGUUGUGUAAGCCUUACGGAUAGAGAAUUGAAAAGUCCUGGGCAGCUUCAAGGUGUGACUUUAUUUGUAUGAAGGCAAAGCAGGGUGGUGAGAACACAGUGCUAACAAAACCAUAAAAACAAGUAUAAUGUUAGCACAUUAUUCCCACACAAGGUUGGAAUUCAAAGUAUUUCACCAAAAAAGUUGUUACUGGUAUUUGCCAAACAGUGCUUGCUGUAUAACAGCUUAACUUGUAGCAGGCUGAGGUGCAUGAGAUCAUGUUGUGUGUGUUGUAGGUCCACAUUAGUAAAUAUAUCACACUACUUCAUGGCAUUAACCAGCAAUCCAUCUAAUACCUUUAAUUGUUGAUUGUUUCAGCCUUGUGUGUUUUGUGAUCAUUAUUGCUGUUCCAUAUCACUGUGCUGUAUUUGCAUGCAUAAUGCAAAAAAAGCAUUCCAUUUUGUUGUUUUACCCACAAAGUAUGGCCUCCAACUUUAAGGAUAUAAAAAGGCUUGUAGGUUUUAAAAUGGCAUGGGGUUGGGCAGUAAAUGGAGCCAGUGCAUGUGUUGCAUGGGCCUGUACAUUUGUAGUUGUGUCAACAAAUAAGAACAAUCUAGUUUGAUAAGAGUAGAUGAAGGAAGGUAUCAUGGUAUGCACACCAUAAAAAAAAUCACCAUUC